AUGUUGAAGUUAUUGGCAUCAUUCGUUCUCAUCUUGUAUACUACUUUUGUUGCGACUCACUCCCAAGUUGUUCAACCAAAUGUUCCGAAAAGAAUACAUAACACUUGUUUAGAGACUUCACAUUAUGAUGAAUGUUUGAAAUACCUAACUGAUGAUCCAAAAAGCUCCACCGCAGAUGUGCAUGGUUUAGCAUUGAUCAUGGUUAAUGUAAUGAAGAGCAAAGCAAAUGUUGGUGUAGAGAAAAUCAAUCAACUUAUUGGAAGUAGUUCUCCCGAUCAAAAUGUGGCACUUAAAUCAUGUGCAGAUAAAUACAAUGCAAUUAUUGCGGUCAAUAUUCCACAAGCAACCGAAAGUUUGCAAAAGAAAAGCUCUAAAUUGGCUAUGGAUAGUGCACUUAAUGCUUCAGAUGUGGUAUCUGAUUGUGAGGAUGGAUUCUCUGGAAAAUCACCACUCACAACUGAAAAUCUUGUUAUGGAUAGAGUAUCCGCCAUAACAGCGCAGAUUUGUAGACAGUUGGUUUUAGGUGGGCAGUAG